AUGUACACGAGCUCCGCUCAGAUAUGGCUCUUGGCUCUCAUCUUCUUUUUCACUGCAGUAAACACCACUAAAGUUACUGUUAAUUGGACAUUGGAACCUCUUCAGUACCAUCUAAAAGCCUUGAAUGAGGCAACAGGAAGCCACUGUCUUCCCAUCGAAGAACCUUCAUGUCUGGGUUUGGAAUACACGCACACCUACUUGCCCAAUAUCAUCGGACUAACGAGUCAGGCAGAGUCGACAAAGCGAAUACGCGAUUAUAGUCCCCUUUUGAAACUGGGCUGUUCCACGUAUUUGGAGUUCUUCCUCUGUUCAGUCUAUUUUCCCAUGUGUACACAGAGCAUGGGCGAGCAGGUUCUCUUAAGGCCCUGUGCCUCUUUUUGUAAUCACGUGCGUCAGCGUUGUGCACCUCUGAUGCUGAGAUUCAACUUCUCCUGGCCAGAAGAGUUGGCCUGCUCAAAACUACCGACAGAUGAUGAAAUGUGCAUCAGGCCUCAGUCCUUUGAAUCAGACACACAUCUUCCUCUUACUUCAGUUUUUUCCUACAGAGAAACAGUACGAUAUGGUGAUGGUGCUUUGAAGCCUAAUUCUUCCUUGAUUAGUGGCUUCACCAUUCGACAAAAGGAAAUCGCAAGAUACUGUCUUAUCGCUUGUGGAUCACUAAAUGCUUUAUUUUGCCUCAUUUCCAUAAGUUUAUACAUGUUUAAUAGGAAUCGUUUCUUACAUCCACUUCUACCACUAGUUUUCCUAACGAACGCGUGCAUGCUUGAACUUAUUUCGUAUCUACCGCAGCUAAUAUUUCGACGCACGUCAUUCUCAAACACAGAUUAUAGGAUCGCAAGCAUUUCCUGUAUGGUUCAAUUCGCUCUGGCAUAUUAUGCGCGCACAGCAGUCGGGAUUUGGUUCGACAUUGUGUCCCUUUCCUGGUUUCUCUCAGCCUGUAAGGGCUGGGCUCCGGAGGCUAUUCAAGGUCUAGACCGGUGGUUUCACGUUCUAGGUUGGGUUACGUCUCUAUUACCUCCCAUGUGUAUUCUGGUCUUCCGAAGAAUCGAUGUGGAUGACCUAACAAACUCUUGCUACAUCGGAUAUUCAGAUAAAACCACAUAUUUUCUACUUGUCAUCUUACCAGAGGCUGGUUUUCUUCUAGUAGGAGUAAUGUUUUUAUCAUCAACUUUUGCCUCAUUGGUAAGAUUUCACGGUGAACUUAAGAACUUGCACCCAGCACUCCCUAUAUUGACAACGAAGGCAAUUAGAGCAUCUGUGGACCAAAGACGUCUGCUAAAGGCAGUAAACAGAGUAAUUUUAACAGUUAUGUUUGUCGCUGGGCCACUUCUGUCGGGAACAAUUUGUGAUCUCUGGCAAUACUUCGACAACACACCGGGCAGAAUGGCAGUACGGCUUUUAAAAGCAAUUUCAGUUGAGAUGGUUGGGAUUGGUGCAACCUUGGUGUUGUGGUGUAACCACAAAACUUUUCCAAUACUUUAUUCGGCUCGUAAGAACCAAAAGCCUCUGGAUGUUGGAAACUUGAUACAGUUCCGACCAAUUGCUCCUGCUACAAAAGGUGGGUAA